UGCCGCUGUCGCUCCGGGGCUGCGGGAUGACGCCUCCUCCUCCCGGACGUGCCGCCCCCAGCGCACCGCGCACCCGCGUCCUCAGCCCGCCGGCUCGGUCCGGGCUCCUGCUGCGGCUGCUGCUGCCGCUCUGGGCGGCCGCCGCCUCCGCCCAAGGCCACCCGAGGAGCGGACCCCGCAUCUCCGCCGUCUGGAAAGGCCGUGCAGGGCAGGACCGAGUGGAGUUUGGCCAGACUGAGCCCCACACCGUGCUUUUUCAUGAGCCAGGCAGCUCCUCCGUGUGGGUCGGUGGUCGAGGCAAGGUCUACCUCUUUGACUUCCCCGAGGGCAAGAACGCCUCUGUACAAAUGGUGAACAUCGGCUCCACAAAAGGCUCCUGCCUGGACAGGCAGGACUGUGACAACUAUAUCACGCUCCUGGAGAGGCGGAGUGAAGGGUUGCUGGUCUGCGGCACCAAUGCCCGCCGCCCCAGCUGCUGGAACCUGGUGAAUGGCACUGUGGUGCCACUUGGUGAGAUGAGAGGCUAUGCCCCCUUCAGCCCGGAUGAGAACUCCCUUGUACUGUUUGAAGGGGACGAGGUGUACUCCACAAUUCGGAAGCAGGAAUACAACGGGAAGAUCCCUCGCUUUCGUCGCAUCCGGGGCGAGAGUGAACUAUAUACCAGUGAUACCGUCAUGCAAAACCCGCAAUUCAUCAAGGCUACCAUCGUGCACCAAGACCAAGCCUACGAUGACAAGAUCUACUACUUCUUCCGGGAAGACAAUCCUGACAAGAAUCCCGAGGCACCUCUUAACGUAUCCCGUGUAGCCCAGCUGUGCAGGGGAGACCAAGGUGGUGAAAGUUCACUGUCAGUCUCCAAGUGGAAUACCUUCCUGAAAGCCAUGCUUGUGUGCAGCGAUGCUGCCACCAACAAGAACUUUAACCGAUUGCAAGAUGUCUUCCUUCUCCCUGACCCCAGUGGCCAGUGGAGGGACACCAGAGUCUAUGGAGUUUUCUCCAAUCCCUGGAACUACUCUGCUGUUUGUGUGUAUUCCCUCGGUGACAUUGACAAGGUCUUCCGCACUUCCUCACUUAAGGGCUACCACAUGGGCCUUCCCAACCCUCGGCCUGGCAAGUGCCUCCCAGACCAGCAGCCGAUACCCACAGAGACCUUCCAGGUGGCUGACAGUCACCCUGAAGUGGCGCAGAGGGUGGAGCCCAUGGGGCCACUGAAGACACCACUAUUCCACUCUAAGUACCACUACCAGAAAGUGGCUGUCCACCGCAUGCAAGCCAGCCAUGGGGAGACCUUCCAUGUGCUUUACUUAACCACAGACAGGGGCACCAUCCACAAGGUGGUGGAGUCAGGGGAGCGGGAGCACAACCUCGUCUUCAACAUCAUGGAGAUCCAGCCCUUCCGCCGUGCGGCUGCUAUCCAGGCCAUGUCUCUGGAUGCUGACCGGCGGAAGCUAUAUGUGAGUUCCCAGUGGGAGGUGAGCCAAGUGCCCCUGGACCUGUGUGAGGUCUACGGUGGGGGCUGCCAUGGAUGCCUCAUGUCCCGAGACCCCUACUGCGGCUGGGACCAGGAUCACUGCGUGUCCAUCUACAGCUCCCAACGGUCAGUGCUGCAAUCCAUGAAUCCAAUGGAGCCACACAAAGAGUGUCCCAACCCAAAACCAGAUGAGGCCCCGCUGCAGAAGGUUUCUCUGGCCCGGAACUCUCGCUACUACCUGAGCUGCCCCAUGGAGUCCCGCCAUGCCACCUACUCAUGGCGCCAUGAGGAGAACGUGGAACAGAGCUGUGAGCCUGGCCACCAGAGUCCCAACUGCAUCUUGUUCAUUGAGAACCUCACGGCCCGCCAGUAUGGCCAUUACCGCUGCGAGGCCCAGGAGGGCUCCUACCUCCGUGAGGCUCAGCACUGGGAGCUGCUGCCUGAGGACCGUGCCCUGGCCGAGCAACUGAUGGGCCGUGCCCGUGCCCUGGCCGCCUCCAUUUGGCUGGGGAUCCUGCCCACGCUUGUUCUUAGCCUCCUGGUUCACUAGUACCUCCAGGGGCUAGAAAUGUCCCAGGCUUCUGCAGCCCAGGGACACUGGAAAGGUCUCGCAUUCAGAGCCGGCUGGCCCGGAAGCUCCUUGCCUGCUGUUUCUUCCAGGGGGACUGAAUAACCCAAUAGGGGACCAAAGGCCUGGAGAUGUCCAGCCGCAGGCGGCUGCUGGGCCCCAAGUGGGAUGGGGGUGGAGGGGGGCCAGAGAAUGAAGGCACUAACUGUGAAGUGGGGUGGCAGUGACCCAAGACUUUAUCUUCUGGAGAAUAUUUUUCAAAAACUCCUCACACUUGACUAAAUGCAGCGAUGCUCCUGGCUUGAGAGCCUUUGGGCCGGCAUGUGGGUUUGGGAAAGGACCUGGAUCCCCACCUCUGGACCUUGGGGCUGAGGCCUGAGUCCUUCUGGACUCUGUACCCAAUUGCAGUCUUCCUUACCUCCUUCCUCCAUGUCUGGAUGGCUAGUGUCCCUACAUACCCAGGGCUGCCCUGCCAGGCCCCGCCCUCUGCAGCUCCGUCACAGUCUGGGUCCCACUGAACAGUCGCCUUGCAUGUUUAUUGAAGGAUGUUUGCUUUCCGGACGGAAGGACGGAAAAAGCUCUAUUUUUAUGUUAGGCUUAUUUCAUGUAUAGCUACUUCUGACUGCAUCUGUAUGAAAAUACCAAAACUACAUGCUGGG